AGCACAACACCAACACCACCACAAAUUCAUUCAACAUAAAUCCCAAACCAAACACAAACUCAUCAUUCCAAUACAUAAAAGAUGAUGAAAAGAUAACCCCACUCAUCCACUAAUCCUCACUCCAUAAAAGGGCAAACAAAACUUCUCAACUUUCAUUUCACACUCUUCUUAUUCAUCUACAUCCCCUUCUCCGCCAAACCCCAUCAAAAGAUUAGCUUCAGAAAUGACAGAAACCAACAGUCCUUCACUCUUCAAAUUUCUUGAUUUCUCCUUAAGAUUAUGCUCUGUUCCUUUCACCGUCGCUGCUCUGUGGCUCACUGUCACCAACCGACAAGACAAUCCAGAUUAUGGCAACUUAGAGUUUCAUAAUCUCAGUGGUCUCAAGUACUUGGUUUGCAUAUCUGCCAUCGCCGCCGUCUAUGCUUUUCUCGCCGCCGCAGUUUCUUGCUUCCGGUGGUUCAUCGUUAGGGCUUGGGUAUUCUUCGUCUCCGAUCAGAUUGUGGCUUAUUUGAUGGUUGCAUCGGGCGCAGCGGUGGGGGAGAUAUUAUACAUAGCAUACAAUGGAGAUAGAGAGGUUUCAUGGAGUGAAGCUUGUAGUUCAUAUGGCAAAUUCUGUAACAACAUGAAAAUGGCUCUCAUUUUUCAAGCUUUAGGAUUUGCUUGCUUCUUUCCCUUGGCUAUCAUCUCUGCUUUUAGGGCUUUUAGUGUCUUCCCCCCUCCCCUAAUCUCUUCCCAAUAAACCGAUUUAAACUAUUCGUAAUAAAAUUCGGUGUAAUCAUGACGAGAUUUCAUCGCAAAGGUGACAAAUUCCUAAUUUUCAUGGUGUGACAUUAACAAUAAUAUAAUGAUAACAAAGUUGAUAUGAAUGGACUCGAGUUUCUUGUA